AUGGCCUCAGGGAAGCCAUUUGAAGGUGUCUCGUUGGCUGAGCUGCCCAAAUCAUGGAAUUUCACAGCUUCACUGCCUCCGGAUCCAGUUUUCCCAACUCCAGCAGACUCACACAAAACCCCUCGAGAUGAAAUCACGCCUCGACAGGUCCGCGAUGCUCUCUUUACAUGGGUGCGACCAAGCGAACAGAAAGAUCCCGAGCUGCUAGGCGUGAGCUCUGCAGCAUUGAAAGAUCUUGGCAUCAAGUCAGGGGAAGAGAAGACUGAAGAUUUCCGGCAGUUUGUAGCCGGUAACAAGCUAUAUGGCUGGGAUGAGACAAAGCUAGAGGGCGGAUACCCUUGGGCGCAGUGCUACGGAGGCUUUCAGUUUGGCCAGUGGGCAGGACAGCUUGGAGACGGAAGGGCUAUUUCUCUUUUUGAGACGACUAAUCCGGUGUCCAAUGUACGAUAUGAGCUGCAGCUUAAAGGCGCUGGCUUAACGCCGUACUCUCGAUUCGCAGAUGGAAAGGCUGUGCUUCGGUCUAGCAUACGAGAGUUUGUCGUUUCCGAAGCACUCAACGCACUCAGGAUACCCACCACCAGAGCCCUAUCUCUUACUUUACUCCCCCACUCUAAAGUGUUGAGGGAGGCUAUGGAGCCAGGAGCAAUUGUACUCCGGUUCGCUCAGUCAUGGCUGCGACUGGGAACUUUUGAUCUUCUACGGGCAAGGGGAGACCGCGAUCUCAUUAGGAAGCUUGCAACAUAUAUUGCAGAAGAUGUUUUUGGCGGAUGGGAAAAGCUUCCAGGCCGGCUGGAGUCUCCUGAAGAACCUACUACAUCGCCAUCCCCAAAGCGUGGAGUACCGGCUUCUGAAGUCGAGGGACCAAGCGACGCAGCAGAGAAUAGAUUUCAGCGGCUAUACCGUGAGAUUAUCAGGCGCAACGCAGUGACUGUAGCUCACUGGCAAGCAUACGGAUUCAUGAAUGGUGUUUUGAACACAGAUAAUACAUCAGUUUACGGCCUAUCGAUGGACUACGGGCCUUUUGCAUUUAUGGAUACCUUUGAUCCAGCAUAUACCCCAAACCACGAUGACUACACGCUGCGGUAUAAUUAUAAAAACCAGCCGACCAUUAUUUGGUGGAACCUGGUGAGGCUCGGCGAGACUCUUGGAGAACUUAUUGGCAUUGGGUCUCAAGUUGACGAUGAGACCUUUAUCAUCAAAGGUAUCAAGCAAGAGCAAGAGAAGGAACUGGUGGAGAGAGCAGAAAACUUAAUCACACAAGCUGGAGAGGAGUACAAAGCCGUAUUUCUGAACGAAUACAAGCGGCUCAUGACAGCGAGACUUGGCUUGCGCCACUUCAAAGAGACGGAUUUCGAUGAGCUUUUUAGCGAAGGGCUUGAUACUAUGGAAGCUUUGGAGCUGGAUUUCAAUCACUUUUUCCGCCGCUUAAGUUCCAUUAGAUUGGCAGAUGUUACUACUCAAGAGGGUCGAAAAGAAAAGGCCGCCAUCUUCUUCCACAAAGAGGGCCCCCCCGAAGUGGUCGGAGAAGAGACUGCGAAAGAGAAGAUUGCCGAAUGGCUUGAAAAGUGGCGCGUGCGCGUCUUGGAGGAUUGGGGAGAAGAGUCUUCUGAUGUUUUAUCUGAAGAUAAGGAUGCUGAGAGAAGACAAGCUAUGAAGCAAGUCAACCCCAACUUCGUUCCUCGAGGCUGGAUCUUAGACGAGGUUAUACGGCGUGUUGAGAAAGAGGGCGAUCGGCAGGUCUUGGAUCGCAUCACUUAUAUGGCACUGCAUCCAUUUGAAGAUUCAUGGGAUGGAGCUGUAAUAGACGGCGUUGAGUACAAAGGCGACCCAGAGGAAGAACAAAGGUGGGUGGGCGAUGUUCCUCGGUUGGGGCGAUCACUACAAUGCAGCUGUAGUUCAUAG